CCUCUUCCUUUCUCAAUGACUCAAAUCACAAGAGUUAAAAUCCUGAAAAUGGAUUACCUCACAAGCUAGACUUGCCCGCUGAUACUUCCAUACAUGGAGAAAGUUCUUCUUACAUAUGUUCCUAUCCUUCUUCUCACUCUACUCUUGUACAUCUUCCUCAGAAGAAGAAACAGGAGAGACCCUCGUAAAAGGCAUAAGCUCCCUCCGGGUUCAAUGGGGUGGCCUUACGUAGGAGAAACACUUCAACUCUACUCGCAAGACCCAAAUGUCUUCUUUGCUACCAAACAAAGAAGGUAUGGUGAAAUCUUCAAGACCCAUAUUCUUGGUUGCCGGUGUGUUAUGUUAGCCAGCCCUGAGGCAGCUCGGUUUGUGUUAGUGACUAGAGCGCACCUUUUCAAGCCAACUUAUCCCAAAAGUAAGGAAAACUUGAUUGGACCAUCGGCACUGUUUUUCCACCAAGGAGCCUAUCAUGUUAGAUUGAGGAAGCUCGUUCAAGGCUUCAUGUCCCCAGAGUCAAUUCGUAACUUAGUGACAGAUAUUGAAGCCAUAGCAGUCUCUGCCUUGGACUCAUGGGCUGGCGGUCAGGUCAUUAACACAUACCAAGAGAUGAAAAAGUUCUCAUUUGAAGUUGGUAUACUUGCUAUAUUUGGCCGUCUGGAGGCUGGCUAUAGAGAGGAGCUGAAGAAGAACUACACAAUAGUUGAGAGAGGCUACAAUUCAUUUCCCACAAAAAUACCUGGAACUCCAUACAAAAAGGCACUACAGGCAAGGAAGAGGCUGAGUGAGAUUCUAAGUCAAAUUAUUCGUGAGAGGACGGAGAACAGGUCCACUGGGAAGGAACUUCUCGGCUGUCUCUUGAACUCUAAAGAUGAUAAAGGUGAGAUUCUAACAGAAGACCAGAUAGCUGACAACCUCAUUGGAGUGCUUUUCGCUGCUCAGGACACCACAGCAAGUGUCAUGACGUGGAUUCUCAAGUAUCUCCACGAUUACCCGAAACUUCUAGAGGCUGUAAAGGCUGAACAGAAGGCAAUCUACUGGUCAAAUGAAGAAUGUAACCAUUCAUUGACAUGGACUCAAACAAGACAGAUGCCGAUUACUUACGGGGUUGUACUAGAGAGCUUGAGAAUGGCAAGCAUUAUAUCCUUCACAUUCAGAGAGGCAGUAGCUGAUGUAGAAUACAAGGGAUACCUAAUUCCGAAAGGCUGGAAGGUCUUGCCUUUAUUCAGGAAUAUUCAUCACAAUUCAGAUUUCUUUAGCAACCCUCAGAAGUUUGAUCCUUCAAGAUUUGAGACUGCACCGAAACCGUAUACGUUCAUGCCAUUUGGAAAUGGGGUCCACGCCUGUCCCGGGAAUGAGCUCGCUAAGUUGGAGAUGCUCGUAAUGACCCACCAUCUAGUCACCAAGAUCAGGUUGGAAGUGGUGGGAUCUCAAAGUGGGAUUCAAUAUAGCCCAUUCCCAGUCCCUUUGCAUGGACUCCCAGCAAGAUUUUGGAGAGAAUCUUCCGACUAAAGGCCAUUUGAUGGAAUAUCCCAUGCCUACCCAAAACUUACCUUUCAUUUUUUCUCUUUUGACCCAUCCCCUCCAAACAAAUCUGGGGAUAGAAGAUGCUGCCUUUUUUCUUUUGUUUUUGUCUUCUAUAUGUUAUCACCCUCUAUUUUGAAUCGUGAAUUUUACUCCCCUUCUGUC